AUGGCAUCGGAGAAGUCGGGGCCCGACAACACGCCUGCAUCUUUGUUGAUCACAGAAGCCAUCGAAAAGGAGAGCCGUAACAGUAUGGACCAGCCAAGACCGCUUGCUUUUGAAGCAGAUUUGCCGCCCAUGGACGAAGGUCGCGCAGCGUACGGUGUCCUGGCUGCUGUCACCCUUCUUUCAAUGAUGCCAUUCGGGGUCAUCUCUUCGUUCGGUGUCUUCUUCCAGUACUAUGUGCUGCAAAGAUACGAACACGCCGAUCGAGCAGUUUGGAUAGGCGGUAUCUCAAACGGUAUCAUGUCGCUUUUCGCGCCGCUAAUGGUCUACGCUUGUCUCAAGCUGACGCCCCAACUUCCUCUUCUGUACUACAUCGGCUUUGGUUGGCUACUCAGUUUUGUCGCCCUACUUUCUGCGGCAUUUUGUCGUUCUGUUGCCCUGCUUAUCUUGACGCAAGGUGUUUUGCUGGGCAUUGGAGCGCUGUUUGUGGGGUACCCAUCGCUUAUGAUCCUCAACUCGUGGUUCGUCAAGCGACGAGGCUUUGCAUAUGGCAUUUGUUUUGCUUCGACAAAGCUUGUUAGUAUUGGGCUGGGCUUCCUGAUCAAUUAUUCACUCCACGCCCAUGGAAGAAAGACCACCUUUUUCAUCAUGACUGCCCUUGUGGGGGCAGUGCCGCUUGCCGCUCUGCCUUUCGUGCACGAGAGGGGCGCCUCUUCACCACUUAAGCGGGUGCUUCCAGUGGGUGCUACCGGUUCGGCCAUCGCUGAGAUACGACCGACCUCAACUCUAUCAACAAUCUCGAUGGUUCGACCCUAUUAUUACCAAGUCCUCUUUUACGUCAUGUUGGUGGCCUAUUUUCUGGAGAGUGUUGGCUACGCAAUCCCAAAGUUCUACAUUUCAACCUACUCUGCGGACAUUCUUGGUCUGCCAACAUACACCGGUCCUCUGCUACUCGCGCUAUAUAACACCACAGGAGUCAUUUCAAAACCACUGUUUGGACAUCUGUCGGACCUGGGACCUCCGCAGUUGCUCAUGGUCCUCACAACUAUCGCAUGCGCCAUCAGUAUGAUCGUGUUUUGGGGUGUUGCAUCGAUGCUCAGCCUCACCUCUGCACGCCUCGGCAUGUUGGCAACAUUCAUAACCGUUUUCAGUUUCGCGGGUCAAGGAUUUUCGAGCCUGGCUUCGCGCAUGAGCCGCUGUUUCCGGCAGAUGUCAUCGUCUUCGUACGCCACAGAUGAAACUGCACCCCUUCCAGCGGUCAACGAAAAGUCAGAGGCAUCUGUAUCAGUACGACAGCAGAAUGACCAAGGGCGAGAUGAUUCACAGCAAGUCUACGCCUGGUUGAAUGUCGCUCGAGGCACUGCGUAUAUGGUCAGUGCACCUACAAGUGAAGUGCUUCUCAACCCAGCCAAUGACUCCGAAUUGGGAACCUAUGGCUUGGUCAGGUCGCGAGCGUUUGCUGGUGGCCCAGGAUGGCGCUCUCUGAUCGUAUUCUCGGCAGUACUUAUGAUUGCAGCUACAUUCAUGAGCGUUUUUGCGUGGGUGGCGGACAGGUCUACAUUCAGAGCAAGUAUUCGCAGGAAGAAGUCGAACUUGGGGCCCGAAAGAGACCAGAAUGCGUAG